UUAUUUGCACCGUUCACUUCUGUCUAGCUCGUCUUACCUUGCUUGCCUGUAAUUUCCAUAACCACUUGCAUUGUAACCUGUAGCAGCCCUUGCCUAGAAGAGGCAGCAUUCCAUACCAUGCACUGCCUGACAAAGACGACAGUCAGGGAGUGAGUUUUCCCAUUAUAUUUCCUGUAUAUCAAAUCUGCAAGUCCUCUCUUGACUUUAUUUAUUCCCUAGCACAUUUCCCAAAAUACUCCCACCUGGGUCCUAGUUCCUUUAGCAAAGAACCUCACUUGUGAUGUUGGCAAGAAAUUGAGUAUGCAUUAGGACCAUUUUAGAGACCUUGCUGGUUCAGUGUUGGUUGCAAUCUCCAUUGAGACUGCAGUUCAUGAAAAGACCUUAAACUAAGUGAGGAGGAAGAAAGAGAGAAGAUAGGGUUAGUUGGAGCUAGUCUUUGCUGUAGGAACUUUGUUUUAAAAUGGCAAAGUGAAGAGAGUCACUUAGGCCUCACCUGGAAAUUGGCCAGCACACUAUCCAUCUAAGUCCUAGGGGAACAGGGGAGAGAUCUUAAAACCCAGUUUUCUAGUCUCAUUGUGUUCAAAUCUAAGUUGUUAAAUAUCUUGUUCUAGUAAUCGCCUGAAAUAUUAGAAAGUUACAAUGUUGGGGAAACGUAAGCGUGUGGUGUUGACAAUUAAGGACAAGCUUGACAUUAUUAAGAAACUUGAGGAAGGUAUCUCUUUCAAAAAACUCUCGGUGGUGUAUGGAAUUGGGGAAUCCACGGUUCGUGAUAUUAAAAAGAACAAAGAAAGGAUAAUAAACUAUGCAAACAGUUCGGAUCCUACCAGUGAGGUAUCCAAACGUAAAUCUAUGAAGUCGUCGACAUAUGAGGAACUGGAUAGAGUUAUGAUAGAGUGGUUUAACCAACAGAAAACAGAUGGGAUUCCAGUGUCCGGAACAAUUUGCGCAAAACAGGCCAAAUUCUUUUUUGAUGCAUUGGGGAUGGAAGGUGAUUUUAAUGCAUCAUCUGGCUGGCUAACUCGAUUUAAGCAGCGCCAUGGUAUUCCAAAGGCUGCUGGUAAAGGAACAAAAUUGAAAGGGGACGAGACUGCUGCCACUGAAUUUUGUGGUAACUUUCAGGAAUUUGUUGAGAAGGAGAAUCUACAACCAGAGCAAAUUUAUGGUGCUGAUCAAACUGGAUUGUUCUGGAAAUGUCUACCAUCAAGGACAGUAGCUCUCGAAACUGAGCCGGGUACUUCUGGUUAUAGGUCAAGCAGAGAGAGAAUCAUUAUUAUGUGCUGUGCGAAUGCCACAGGUUUACACAAACUUAAUCUUUGUGUUGUGGGAAAAGCAAAAAAACCCCGUGCAUUCAAAGGAGCUGACCUUUCAAACCUUCCUGUCACUUAUUUCAGUCAAAAAAGUGCGUGGAUAGAAUAUUCUGUUUUCAGACAGUGGUUUGAAAAACACUUUGUGCCACAGGUGCAGAAGCAUUUGAAAUCCAAGGGGAUUCUAGAAAAAGCAGUGCUGCUUUUGGAUUUCCCUCCAGCACAUCCAAAUGAAGAAUUGUUGAGUUCAGAUGAUGGCAGAAUAAUUGUGAAGUACUUGCCACCGAAUGUCACAAGUCUUAUUCAACCUAUGAGCCAGGGAGUUCUAGCCACAGUAAAAAGAUACUACCGAGCAGGACUUCUCCAGAAAUACAUGGAUGAAGGAAUUGACCCAAAAAUGUUUUGGAAGAACUUAACAGUGUUGGAUGCAAUUUAUGAAGUAUCAAGAGCUUGGAACAUGGUAAAAUCAAGUACCAUAACAAAAGCAUGGAAAAAACUUUUCCCUAGCAAUGAAGAGAAUUCAGGCAUGAACAUUGAUGAAGGAGCCAUUUUAGCAGCUAACUUAGCAACGGUUUUGCAGAAUACAGAAGACGGUGAACACGUCCAUAUUGAGAAUAUUGAUCAGUGGUUUGACUCUCGGAGCAAUGACUCAAGCUGUCAGGUGCUCACGGACAGUGAAGGUGCAGAGGAUCAGGCCAGGCCUGCUGAACAAAAGCUUCCCAAUAAGACUAGAAAAACAGAACUGAAUCCAGAGAAGCAUAUUAGCCAUAAAGCUGCACUUGAAUGGACUGAAAAUUUACUGGAUUAUCUGGAACAACAAGAUGACAUGCUUCUGUCUGAUAAACUGGUAUUGCGGAGGCUUAGAACAAUAAUAAGAAAAAAACAAAAGAUCCAAAAUAACAAAAGUCAUUAAUGCUCCUAAGGGUUUCAGUGUAUUUGCAUCUUGGACACUAUCUGCAGUGGAACUUAAUUAUCUUGUUUGAAGUGCUGUGGAUUUCAACGCCAAUACAUUUUAUAAAUGAUUUUAGGAUUUGAUGCCAUUUUGGAUUACUGAAAUUACUGCUCUUUAAUGUCGACUCUAGUAAAUGAGCAUUGACAUAUAACUUGUCUGGCUACUGUUUUUACUCUGUAUUAUACUAUUUAGAUCAUAAGGUACCUAAGGCCGGGGAUCUUGUGUCUGUUUUGUGCCUGAAUUUCAUUGUGUCUAAUAGAGGACCAUGCACACUAUAGGCAAUCAAUAAAUCUUACAUUGAAUUUUUAUGA